UUGGGUGUGCGAUGUUAGAGUGUGAUACAGCGUGCUGAAGAAAACCUAAUCUGAGAAAGAAAGAAAGAAAAGAAUAGAAUCAAUAGUUGAAAAUGCAGGGAGGAAAGAAUGCAGGAGAAUCCAUGAAGGAAAAGGCUUCCAACAUUGGUGCAUCUGCUAAAGCUGGCAUGGAAAAGACCAAGGCCACUGUCCAAGAGAAGGCAGAAAGAAUGACAACACGUGAUCCGUUGCAAAAGGAUUUAGCAACCCAGAAGAAGGAAUCUAAGGUAGACCAGGCGGAGCUGGACAAGCGGGCGGCGCGUGAUCAGAACGCUGCAGCGCGUGAGGAUAAUGCGGCGGCGAAACAGGGGGCCCCCUACUCCACCACCGGGGAGCAUGGUCAUACCACGGGAUUCCACCAUGGGACUGGAGGUACUUACAGUUAAAUAAUGAUGAUGAUUAUAUAAUAUCAUCAAAAGUUAUCAGCAUAAAAACGGUGUAGUUGUUUUUUUGUUCAUGCUCUUUUUUCUUUUCUUGUUUGUUCCCUUUUCCCUCCCUCCAUUUUUAUCAUGGAGAGUGGAUUGGGUGUUGUUGCUGGUUACUGUAAAAGUGUUUUCACUGUACUUUACCGUUGUGUAUCACUUCCGUUUCAAUAAAUAAACAAUAUCCUGGUAUUGUAUGUAUUA